CCUGCGUAUCAAGCUUCAUGAAAGCCAGAGUAUAAAAUAACUCCUCUGUACAAGAAAAACCGCUUCUCGAAGUGCAGUGUAAGCCAAUAAAAGCACUCUCUCUCUCCCUCUCUCUCCCCAUUGCAAAAACUCCAUUCUGCAACUCUUUCUCUCCAAUGGCGUAAAGCAACCUCCAAAAGGCUUCCUUCCCAGCAAACCCAUCUCACCAACAUUCAAAAAUCCAAAAUUUCUUCCAUGGUUCAAGGACAUUCCUCCUAUCUCUGCCUUUUCUACUCUGUUUUCAUCAGUAAUCCUGGGAAAGCCCGGAGAAAUCUUGGACGGUAUCUUCGACUGCAUCCAUGACAUCACGACUGCUAUCAUCUUUGCCGCGAGGAUGAACGGCGAGUCUGCCUACAAGGUCGACACCACUGCCCGCCUUGCCCAAUGGAGAAUCGAAAGCCUCGCAUCAUGCACGUAUCGGAAAUCCGAUCCCUUCAGGAUUGGGAAUUGGAAUUGGCAUCUUUCGGUAGAAAAGAACCGGGUUCUGAAUAUUAAGCUGUAUCCAGUGAUAUCAAAUUUUAAUAAAGAUCAGCCUCCAAUUGCUUCUUUUAUCAUUCGAUUGCGUUGUUCAAUCGGAGAUAGCAAAGUUCUUGUUCAUCCAGGAGUAAUAGACAAACCCCUCAAGAACAACGACGAUUUCGUCUGGGCAAUCGAGACUCCACUUGCUGGGAAAUUCAUCAUUGACGUUGAGUUCCUCAAUUUGAAGAUUGCAGAUCCAGUCGGUGGUGAGCCUUGCUCCAUCUGGACUGGCAGUCACAUCCAAAGACGGUCCAACACAACAGCCAUCUCAUCCCUUGGUCGAAUGCUCACAGAAAGCAUCCACACCGACAUCACCAUCAACGUCUCUGAUGGGAGAGUCAAGGCCCACCGCGCCGUGCUUGCCACAAGAUCCCCUGUCUUCCACAGCAUGUUCUCACACAACCUCAAGGAGAAGGAGCUAUCCACCAUAGAAAUCUCCGACAUGUCAGCCGAGGCCUGCCAGGCAUUCCUCAACUAUAUCUACGGCAACAUCCAGCAUGAGGAAUUCUUGGCCCACCGGCUCGCGCUUCUCCGCGCGGCUGAUAAGUACGACAUCACAGACCUGAAGGAAGCCUGCCAUGACAGCCUUCUAGAAGACAUAGAUGCCAAGAACGUGCUCGAGAGGCUCCAAACUGCGUCGCUCUAUCAGCUGCCGGUACUGAAAAGCAGCUGCCUGAGGUACCUUGUAAACUUCGGGAAGAUAUUCGACAUCCGUGAUGAGUUCAACGCUUUUCUGCAAUAUGCAGAUAGGGAUCUGAUAGCUGAAAUCUUCCAAGAGGUUCUAGCUGCAUGGAAAGGCUUCUGAAGUUCUUGUAAGAAACAGCAUUUGCUUCAAUGGUGUGAUUGUGUUUGGUUGAUUCUCCAUCGGGCUAGACUACCGUCUGCCGUGUCCGGCGAUUCAUCCGCUGUAUUCUUGGUAUUUGUAAGUCAAUCCAGACUGUUUGUCGAUGGGGACAUCUUGAAACUUGAUCAUCUCAUAUCAGAUGUUGAAUUUGGGCCACUGACAUUAUCUCUUUAAGCUGUCCAUUUGAUGGCUCAAUAAUUGGAAUAUUAAGAUAAUCCGAUAUGUACAGUUGUUGGGAUGUGCUCCAUCUACAAUUGGACCUAUGAUUUGGAGAGUUUGGAUUGGUUUACAUGUAUGCCAUAUUGCCAUGUGAAUUCUGGACUAGUGGCACCAAUUUAAGAAAUGGUGGAAAUUGGUUGUUCGACAGUAAUCCAAUGUACAGGAUUUGUUUCUGUGAAGAAAUAUUCUUUUGCUCAAGCAAAUGGCAUUAGUUGACAUAUAUUUGUUAUU